CGCGGGCCGCGGAAGAUGGCGGAGUGUGUUGGCGGGGAUAGCAGGGUUUCUCACCCCUCAGCGGGGCCGGGUAAAACUUGGUGCCUCAAGCGAGUGGGGAUGAGCGAAGAGUGGCUGCUGCUGGAGGACGGCAGCGAGGUAAGUAUAGGUCGAGGAACUGGUGCUACUUACCAACUGAUGUCAAAAUCCUGUCCUUUGAUGAUCUCCCGGAACCACUGUGUUUUCCAGCAAAAUACUGAUGGGCAGUGGACAGUGAUUGAUAACAAGAGUCUAAAUGGUGUCUGGCUGAAUUGUGAACGCAUUGAUCCAUCACGGCCCUAUCUCUUACACGAAGGCGACUAUAUCCAAUUAGGAGUUCCUUUUAAAAACAGAGAAACAGCUGAGUAUGAAUAUACACUAAUAAGGGAAGAAUGGAAGAAAGUCAGUCCAUUUCUGGCGCUGAAAAAUGACCAGCUGACAGAGAAGAUGAAAGACAUGAGGGCUAAGCGUAAAAUUUGCUUGGAGGAAUCUGAGGCAUCUGGAGCGGAAGGGCCUUCCAAUUCCAGAACCAAAAGAGACAGGGUGUCUUCAGAAAAUGACUCUUUGGGGAAAUGUGAGGGAGGCAGGACAGAACUGUCCAGACAAACAACAGAAAACAUUGAAACAGUGUUGGUUUCUCCAAGGCCCAGUAAAAAGGCGAAGAAGAAAAAUCACUGUAGCACCAUUCCGCCUGAGCAUGGUUUAGCUCUUCUUUCUAAUGACCAUAAAGCCCCAAAUUUGGCACAGUCUUGGAAUGGUUUGGAACAAAUAAUAAAAACUCUAGCAGAUAUGACAAAGCUAAAAGCCAUGAUGCAGGAGAAGCAGACAGCUGUCCUGAAUGUGAGGCAAAUGAACAAGAACUGUGCUCCUGUAGAGAUCCAGGUUUUGGAGCAGGAAUUGCAGGAACUGAGGGAGCAGUUAUGCACUGAGCAGGAGCAGCAACAGCAGCAAGUGGAGCAGUUGCAGAAGACCGUCUGUGAAGAAUUGGAGGGAGCAAAGGAAGAAGAAGGAGAAGGGAGACUGAAGGAACAACUGACCCAGGUUCUAGUGCAGCAUCGUGCUUUGAUGGAAGAACUGAGCCGUAGCAAGAAGGAUUUUGAAGAGAUCAUUAAAGCCAAGGACAGGGAAUUGAAAGAGACUAAGGAAGAGAAGGAGAAGGCACGAGCACAAAAGGAAGAGGCCUUGAGCCACAUGAAUGAUGUACUGGAGAAUGAGCUGCAGUGUACUAUUUGCUCUGAACACUUCAUUGAGGCUGUCACUCUCAACUGUGCACACAGCUUCUGCUCCUACUGCAUCAAUGAAUGGAUGAAGCAUAAGCUGGAGUGUCCAAUAUGUAGAGGGACGAUAUUAUCCAAGACACGAUCGCUAGUUCUGGACAAUUGUAUUGAUAGGAUGGUGGAAAACCUGGAUGAUGAGACGAAGCAUCGCCACCUUUCCCUCAUCCAAGAGCGAAAAGGGAAGCAGGUUGUUGCGGAGAACCCAGCGUCAGAAAGUGAGAGCAGCACUCUCAGCACGUCUUCAGACAGUGAGAGCAGUAGCAUUACCUCAACAUUAGACAGCGAGAGCAGUAGCCUUACAUCUGUGCAGUCCAUCAUGUCAUUAAGCAGCUUUGAAAGUGAUGACUAUGAGGGAGACUCCGACAGCCACCACAUUAUCUAAAGUGUCUGCACCCGUACCCUUGCAGCUGUUUGGAGUCUGCUCUGGAUGCUUUCUGGGAGAAAGGAUUGGACACUUAGAACAAUGAAGGGACUGGAAUUUGAAUUGUGGAUUAAAAGGGCUUGGCAGGGUCCUGUUCUUUUCUUAAGUGAAUGUGCAAUGUCCUCAUCUCUGAAGAGUACGAUCGAAAACUGCUAGGCUCAAACCCAUUUUUCAUACUAGGUGACUAAACCUGUGUUUCUGUUCUUGCUAUGAGUUGACAAUGCACCACCAAACUUAAAUAACUGCUUCCCUCCUAAUAGGUUGGAGAGUGCCAGCUCUUCAGCUAAAUAACUGCUUAAAUGUAACCUGAUGUAGCACAUACUCUCUUUUGUGUCAGAAAGCCGUUUGCACAUGACUCAUGGGUUCAUAAAGAGAAUAAGGAUAUUUACAGCUGCAUAAGUCUGGAGAAAUUGUCAAGGUUAAAUUUACCCUGCCCUAAGCCCCAAAGACUUCGAUACCUAGCUUCCCAGAAAAGCAUCUUAAUCACUUUCUCUCAAGCUCUGUUGCCAAAAUUGAGCAGACAUUGUCAAAACUGUAGCAGUGCUUUUGCAUUUCUCUGUGUGUGGUGGUGGGGGGAGUGUGGCAGGAGGGCUUUGGCUGAGUGAAGAAGCUGCAUUUCUGAAUGAGCAGAAGGCGGCACUACAUAUUUAUCAGUAUUCACUGAAUGUUGCUAUAAGUUUGCAGCAACUCAGGUUCCAUUUCAGGGACUUUGGCUUCAGAUGAGCAGGCAAAUUGGAUUGGCAGCUCUUUCUGUUUCCUUGAUAUGUCUUGAGGUGGUCAUUUAUUUAUUUGUUUGUUUAAAAGUUACCAUUUAUAUAAAAGAACAAAAAACCUGUCAUUUCUGUUUAAGUUGCUUUCAUAAGCCAAUAUCCUUUUCUUCAUGUUUCUGAAUGUGUGGUACUCCCCAGCUCUGUGUGUCUAUCCAGUUGAGUCUGGCUACCUUAUUUUUAUUGAUUCUAGCUUUAAUGCUAAUGAAGAAUUUCACACUUUUAUAACUGGAUAAAGGCACUUAACAUUCCCUGUUGCAAGUAGUUCUGAGCCACCACAAGUUUACUAUUUUUGCAAGUUCAUAAAUUCCUUUUUGUGUGUGUGUUAAGGCUACUCAGCCCUGAAGCUGUUGGUAGUGUAGUUUCAAACAGAUGAAAAUAAGAUGCAGGGGCACAUAGGCCAUAAAGCUAUGUUAACUUUUGUUAUAAAUUAUAUAAUAAGAUUGUGUGGUUUUCCCCCUAUUCUAAUAAAGUGGCAGUGUUUUCUUACCAAGAAAUGCAUGAUCUGAAAGGGUGGGUUCUCAGAACAGCCAGCACUCCCUCCCUCAAAACCACCCUGGCGCAUGAGCACCAAUUUGGGAAUCAGCUGGAACAAGGUUAUUGGAAUGGGUUAAAUGAGGCAAACUGCAUUGCUAUAUCAACCUUGUUACACAUGAUGGUGCACCUAGUUCUCAUUGAUUUCUGUUACUUGGCAAUUUUGGAAACACACUCGUUUCAGAAGAGGGAGGCUACCUUUCUGGAUGUUCUGCUGCCGUCCCCUGCCAUGACAUUGUAUCUGCAUAGUCAUGUGCCAACUUUAAGUGUCUGUUUCACAGGGUGUUCACUGUGUACUAGAGACAUGCAGCUAUGUACUGUAUAUAGAACUGAUAUUUUUGAGGGAAACUGUAGUGGGUGAAGCAACUCUUAAGAGAGACCAUGCAUCCGAUCAAUUACAGGUAUCUCCCAAUUGACAGGGGGCUUGUGCGUUUAAGUGAAACACCUUUGGAAAAUGUCUGCAAACACUCCAUUCUGCCCCUGCCCCGUCCUCCCCUUUCUUUGGUGAUGUUUUCAGGUCACUUCCGGGUUGGGCACGAUGUGCACGUGCACAGUUGUGCACAUAUUGGGCACGCCUAAAAUGGUUGCUGCCUGUAGCAAUUUGUUGGUAGAAAAAGCUCCUGGUCAUAUUUUUUUAAAUGCCACUCUCCUUAUCAAUUGUCUCUUGCUGUGGACAAGCCUAUUCUUAAAUGCUUUCCUGGUGCAUCAAGUAUAUUUGCUGUGGCCCUCCCAUCAUCCUCAGCCAUCAUGGCCAUGGGCAAGGUAUAGUGGGUGUUGCUGGACUACACAGGCUAGCUAUCUCUGGUUUGCACUGAUAUGCCCAGGUGAAACUUGCGUGUAGUGUAUGGUAUUUGUUUUGGACUGUUUGAAGGUGUUAACCAUUCUGUCACCUACCUGGACUUUUCAGGGGGAAAUAUGUGGUCGCCUCCAUGGACCACAGAAAUUGGAAAGACUUCAUCUGUUACAUAUUUAUGCAUUCUGCACAUCUCUUUUUUUGGUUUAGGGGCAUUCCAUGUCAUGUGAUCCAGUGACAUUUACCGUACCAUUUUAUAUUGCUUUCAUUUUUCUGUUUCCUAAAAGUACCGGUAGUAUAAGAAAAGAUCCCAGAUCUGUUUUACAUUUUUUUUUAUAAGGGUUUGAAAUUUUUUUAAAAAAUGACAAUCUUGACCAUGCUGGAAUACACAAAAAUCUUUAAAGCUCAGCCCAGAAUAAUUAAAAACUAAAAAUACAAAUCUCUUCAGAACUUCAUGGGCUUUAAUAUGAUAUGGCACAUGAUGGACUUACUUAAAAAUUUUAAGUUAAGUUACAAAAUUUAAUUUUAAAAAAGUGAUAUAAAAAUUAAUAUGAUUAAAGAAUUUUUAAAAAAUUAUUUCAUAUUCUAAAGAGUUUCCUGCAAAAUUGCAUCUUGGGAUCUCAAUGGGAUCACAUUAAAAACAAGUACUUUGUGCAUAUAUGUCUGCCUUAUUGGGUUCUAUUGAGGAUUGGGUCGUCUUGGGGGGAAAUAUAACAGAAUAAACAUGACUUCAAACCAUAACCAUAAUCCUGUAUCAGUUACUCCUUCCCGCCCAGGAGUUUGGGGGCAAAUAACAUCAGACAGAGUCCUUUCUACCAAUUGUAUUUCUAUGGUCUGAGUACUGUACUGUAUCUCCAUGAGCAAUACAGCUCAGACUUGUCUCAUGCUAAUUAGCAAGGCAGCUAAUCUUCCACAAUAUCCAACUAGGACAUGAGUCUACUCUGAGCUAUCUCCUUCACCUACCGGUACGUGUGAAGCACGACUAUUCCAAAUACGCGGAAUUAUUAUUUACAGCUCUUUUAAAACGUCGCAAGGUGGGGGACAAGAAGCUUACGUUUUCGCUAAAAUACUCCCUUGUAUGUACAGUAUUCAUUGCGCGGGGUGCUGCGGUGGCUCAGAGAUGCUUCCCGCUCGCUCAACACACUGCAGCCUCCCGGCACGAGGGGGC